AUGUCAACUCCCGUUCCCGGCGCGCCAGUCGCGAUUAGUUCUAUUAGCCCAUCACGAGCCUACAGCAAAUGGCAGCAAAAAUAUUACCCUCUAGAGCUAUGGUGGGCCGUCAGCAGUUUCAUCGCUCUUGCAGUCCUGUUCCAUUUAGCCUCUCUUGUCAUGGCAUACUACUCAAAGCACUUCGCCCAACGCUCUCUGAGUACCUUGAAUGAAAGCGUUGACGAGAAAGGCUCUCUCCGGUCAGGGAUUCAGCCCGGUACGAACGUCUCCCCUCGGGCCCUUCGGAACAUUCCUUCGGCCACAUUGAGCGGCAUGCAAAAAAUUUUCUUUCGCAUUCGUACACCUUUUCAUCGACUACAUAGAAUGAAUGUUGCCGAAAUAACUAUCACUAUUGGCUAUCUUGCGGCUCUGUUAAUCUGGACCUUUAUCAAUAGCCGAAGGCUUACUGUAGGGCUUUGGGCGAAUCGUGCGGCACACCUUGCAACUUCCCAGACACCCCUUAUCGUUGCGCUUGCUGGAAAGAAUAACAUCGUUACUCUGUUGACUGGCAUUGGCUACGAAAAGCUCAAUGUCCUCCAUAGAGCAUCGGCCCGGUCUACCCUGAUAUUAAUCUGGGUACAUGCAUUUGGUCGAUGGAGACUUGGACUUCAUGGAUAUGCCUCCUUGGAAGAGAUUGAUAUUCGCUUCGGAGUGGUAUCUAUGGCUGCCUUUUCGCUUGCCGCCCUUCUCUCAGUUCGGCCAAUUCGGAACAUGGCAUACGAAGGCUUUCUUAUUUCACAUAUCAUACUCGUAGCUAUGUAUCUUAUUUUCGGGCUGUUACAUGUACCAGAAGUCAAAUACCGCUUUUGGCCAGCCUUGGCGAUUUGGGCUAUUGAUCGAUUGCUCCGGGUGUUGAGAGUGAUUGUUAUCAACAAACUAUGGACUUGCAUACUUCCAUCAGGAAAAAGGUUGGAAGAUGCCACUCUAGAGCGCGUCUCGAGCGAUACGGUUCGUCUCACAGUUCGUCGAUCUUUCAAAUGGAGGAGUGGUCAGCAUGCAUACAUCGUCGCCCCAUCAAUAGCCAGACUUCCCUUUGAAGCACACCCUUUCACUAUUGCAAGCGUAUACUCCGAAGAUAUUCAAAAAGAAGGGCGCUCUCAGGAAGUAGUCUUUAUCAUUAGAGGUAGAGACGGGUUCACUAGGAAGCUGCUUGAAGCAUCCGAGACGCGCCAAUCUGUCCCUGUUGUUAUAGAUGGACCAUAUGGAGCGCCUCCUCGCCUUUCGCAUUACACAACAUCUAUACUCAUAGCCGGUGGUAGCGGUGUCUCAUACACUAUUUCACUUCUUCUAGAUCUUGUCCGCCAAGUCAAGUCGGGCAAUGGAGUUGCCCAGAGGGUAUUAUUCGUAUGGGUUAUUCGGAACUCCUCGCAUGUGGAUUGGGUUGAUAAUCUCCUGCAACAAGCGCUACAAGAUUGCCCGCCCGCACUGCAACUUAGUCUCAACAUCUAUGUCACACAACGGAGCCUUCCACAACUCCCCCGCGAUAAUGAACUAGGAGACACGAUAUUGAUUAAAAACAAAGAAUCUCUAGGUGAAAUCUCCACAACGUCUCUCGCGAGCUCGCGAAAGGCAAGAAUAUUCAGCGGUCGCCCGGAUAUCGGCAUAAUACUCAAAGACGAAUUGAACUGCGCUAGCGGGCGGGUUUCCAUUGAUGUAUCUGGCCCCUCCGCACUAGCUGACGCAACCCGCGAUGCCCUUGUAGCGUGCAAAGAAGCACAGCCAGCCGCAGUCCUUAGAGGAUCAGCUCGCACAACGCUUCACCUGGAGAUCUCAUUCAAAUGGUAUCCUGCUUUUAACCUCAUCGAUUUUGGUUGGGCAUUCGUGCAUGCCCUCUCGAUCAAUUUGCCUCUGACCGCUGAGCUGGUCUCUCUUCUGCUUUAUUAUAUCAAGGCCGGCCCGAUUUCGUUACCUUUCACUUUCAACAAUGUCUUUCGUUUCAUCAUAUGCAUCCUCCUUGGUCAACCUGGGGUUAGCCCGUCCUCUCAAGAAUUUGUUGACCGCCCCGAUCUUCGAACUAUAUCGGCAUUCUUUCUUGGAUGGACCUUUAUCGCUUGUCUUCGCUACCUAGCUCUUGCCAUCUUCCGACACCCAUUUACUGCUCAUGUGAUUAGGGCUGUCUUGCGAAAGCCAAUACUCAUAACAAUAUCUGAAAGACAAGAAAAAAACAUAGAUCUUGAAGAGGGGAAUCAUGUUCAAAACUGGCUUCGUAGCACUCUUGAAAAUUCAACUCGAAUGGCCUCGGACAGGCCCGAGGGAACUCGCCAUCUUUCGGUGGUGUUGACUGCGGCUUUCACGCUGGCAAUAUUAACCAGUUUCCUCUCGUUGUUGGAUUUUCAAAGUUCUGAUAAAGACGUCCUCUGUAUCAUUGUUAUCGCCUGGGCUGGGAUAAGCGUUUCUUGUGGUAAACUGGCUGGACUACUUCGGAUUACAUUCGAUUUACAACGCCUUGGGGUUGGCAGAGUCGAGCGGAUAGGUUCUUGGGUUCUGUUAGUCAUGUCGUUCGGUGCCACAUUAGCCCACGUCACAAUAUCUAUUGGCGCAACUAGAGAUGUUCGUCAAAUCCCAGGACUCUCCCUAUGCUACCGCCGCCAUUUUCUGUUGACUUCCCUCAUUGUUAGUCUCUUGAAUAUUGUACUGGAGCUGUACUUCAUGGGGCGGACGUUCUUCCUGCUUGUUCCACACUUCCUCCAAUUCCACCACAAGAUUGAAGUCAUGAUGGACGUUCGCGUUGCCCGGGUGGCCAGUAUUCUUGCUCUUGAUUUGCUCACUCUUCUGCCUUCUGCGCUAUCGAUUAACACUGCUGCAGAAUUCAUUCCCCUCAGUCUUGGAGUAUUACUCGUCCUUGCCGCAUUCAACCACCAUCCUCCAAAACCCACUGAUGCGCGAAGUUUUCGAAUAAGCUCAUCCCAUCGCACUAGUGUUGUUACAUUCCCGAGGAACGAUAAGCCAGACGAACAAUCUAUAGUAUCCGAAAAUGAGCCAGAAUCAAAACCGGACGAACCAAGCACAAUUCCCGUGCGGCCGUCCCCAAGUAACAAGACUUCUCUCGUUUCUGGAUCGGGCCCCAAACGGCACACCCGUCACAAAUCUCGUGACGUGUCGCGUUCUAGCCACAUCAGCUACGAUUCCGAGGCCGAAGCCCGGAGUGUUCGAGGGGCUGUCGUCUCGUUCGCGUUCAGGAGCCGUGAAGUUGAGCCCGUGCCUGCUAUUCCGUAUGGUAUAUACCAACCUAAACUUAUGGCUUCUCCUGUGAUUGUCUCGAGAUCCGCUCAAUCCUCGUCUCCCGUAUCGGAUGUGGGGACCCACGGACAUUCUGGUUUCAGAGCAUCUCCGUCCCCCCUUUCACGCGACUCUGGGCUCCCACAACGUGAGGAAAAGCCAUUACUACCCCCUAAGUUGUUUAUCGAUACCCGUCAAUCCACCUCGAACAAGAAUUCCACCAUUGUAUCCUCGGAUCGAAAUUUGGUUGCACACGAUUCGGAUGCUGCAUCCUCCAUGGCUCCUAGGAAACCCGAGCUAGCUCGUCACGAAUCGACAAGGACUUUGUCGUAUACAACAUCAUCAGGUGCUUCUCAAGGGUUUUCUUACAUAGGACCUGACCUCUACCAUUAUUCAAUGGGGAGCCAAUCAAUUACAUACGAGGCCCGUGACUACCUAGCAGUUCCGCCCCGAGCAACUGGAAUGAUCCGUACAUCUACUUUUGGAGCGACUACAAAGGGUAGUAGAACUAACUCUGGCGCAGGGUCGGUUUCACCCAGUCUGCCAAGUACAGGCAGCGGGGUUUGA